AUGUCCACUAUUUCUUAUUUGACAGUAUACAAUGCGCAUGAGGGAUCAUUUGUCAAGAUCCCCAAACCUAUUCGAUUUCCAACGCUAGCGGACUUCAAAUAUUACCUACUGCAGUCAUUCUCCAUGGACAACGUUAAUGAUAUAUUCUUGUUGAGUUCUUUUGGAAUCAAAAUCAAUUACAACUUAAUCAAUGACAUUUCCGAAGUGUUUUUGUAUGACAAACGAUUGUUUCUUUCCGAAAUUGAUCGAAAGUUGCUCAAUUCGUAUAUAUCACAUUCUCCGAGAGAUGAUCUCAGUCCACCACAGCAACUGCCUUUCGUUGACACUCGAAAAACAUAUUCGAGAGAUGUCUCAAAUCGAAUCAAAGCUUAUCAAGCAUGGGCGAGGGAAAUAGCCCAGUAUGGCAAUGUUCUAGAGAAUCGAUGUCUGAUGCUAAUUCAACAAAUCAACACCAUUUUCGCAUCCUUGACGGCAUUAUUUCAAUUCGCAACGAGUUUCACGACAGAGAUUGAAAAGGGUUUCAACCACCAUAACAAUUACAUUAAUUUAAUUAGCUUCAAAACUUUGCAUAAAUCCUGGUUGGAGAGUUACAAAACCCUACAGCAUCUCCCUAUUAUCAAAAUCAAAGACGAAAAAUUCAAAUUGGUUGACUUCCUUGAUCACCAUUCUUUGAGCUCAGCUGCAACAUAUGUAGCAAACAAGCUCCCAUUGAUUACUCAGAAAUUCAGUGAGUUGAGCGAUGCGGCCAAGGCUAUGAAGAACGAGAGAGCAAAAGUGGAUGAGCUUAUUGAGCAUGCAAGAACUGACUCAAUCGAACGAUUUAAAAAUACAAAUUUGAAUGAAUUGAUAAAAACUAUUCGGUCCAAAGCUCAAUGCGUUUCUUCCGAUUUUUCAAAUGUGCAGGAAGCUCAUUUUGAUCAGUUGUACAACCAGCACCGUACUCGCACCUCAGUAGAACUCAAAAGCACUACUGAUGAAUUGUAUGCAUACUAUUCAAAGUUAAAACUGUUUAAAGAGAAAUUGAUUAAAGAUGGGCCGAGAGUCUAUUCCCUUAUUGCCAAUUUGCAAAUGAAAGCUGUCAAUCUUAAAACAGACUUGAAAUUGUUGACAGAAGAUGAAGGCGCAGAUGAAACCAACACAAUCAAUCACAAGACAAUCCAAGAUGUGAAAAAAUGCGAGGAUUUGUUGUCUUUAACUAUUGAUUUGCCGUUGUUGUUUGGUUUUGCCAUAAUCGAAAAGAGGCGACAGUUUGAAUGGUAUGAUUUCUACUCCAAGGGUAUUGUUAACAACUUUAGUGAACAAGUCACAUCCAUUGGACAACAUGAAAGGGCAUUCAGAGAAAUGUGGAACAAAAAAUUCGGGUCUUUUCUUAACUACAUCAAGGAUGACAACUUUGUAGGUAUCUUACCAAACGUUGAUAUAACCCUAGUGGGAAACCAAGACAAAAUACAAAAUUUCACAAUUCUACGCAAUGUGGAAAUAGACAGAGAUGAUAUCCUAAAUUAUAUAUCAUUGUUGGAGACGUCGCAUAGCAAUAAAAACUUUCCUGAAUUGCUACGCAAGAAUAUGCGAGAUAUGAAGCAAUCAACAAAUAAUAUGAAGAGGAUCACUAAGCUCAUAUCUUCUUUAGGAUCAGUUACAGACAUAACAAGUGACAAAUUGGGAAAUCUGUCUAGUAAAGAACAGAAUGAACUUUCUAAUUAUGAUUUGAAUGUUGUAAAUGGAUUAAAGUCGAGAAUCAAGAAACUAGAAAGUUUGCUUCAUCAACAACAGUACAAGAAUAUUACCAAUUGGCCAGUAUUCCGCAACGGGAACUACUCUGACAAUAGGAUGAGUAUGAUAUUGGACUCCAAGCAGCCAUUGUCUGCGCCAGUUGUGAAGUCCGAUCCUACAAAGCUUCUACAGAAACGAACACCAUCAAAAGAAAGCAUAACUUCCAAUCAAUCUCAAGUGUUGGAUACAUCGGUAGUGGAUAAACAUCUUGAUAAUAUCAAGUUGAAACGAGUGAAUGCAGAACUUACAACAGAAAUUGAGCAAUUGAGGAGGGAGCAAGGUACCAAAGAUGAAUCGAUAUCGCAAUUGCGACAGGAAAUGGAAACACUAAAGUCGAACCAUGCCAAGGAGGUUGAAAGUCUCAAAAGUAGGUUGACUCUGCGUGAUGAAGAGUUCAGACUCUACAAGUUGGAGAAUAAAUGGGAUGCAAAAGAGUUUGAGAAUUUGGAAAAGAAAUUGCAAACAAAAGAUCAUACAGUUGAUCAAUUGAACAGCAGAAUCACAAAAUUGGAGCAGGAACAAGCUAACCACGAACAAGAAAUGGCUAGUCUUGGCGAAACUAUUACAAUCUUGCGUAGUGAACUUAACGAUGCCAAUCGAAUGAAGAAUGAUUUGCUAUCAAACAUGUCAUCAAAAGAAUCUGAAUUUGCACAAGAGAGGACCACAAGCAAGGCAGAGCUUACAAAAACGAAACUGAAGUUGGAUGAAGUUACUGAGGAUUACGAAAAUUUAAUGGAAUUGACACAAGUCAAACAGCAAAGGCACGAUCAGCUCAUUAUUGAACUAAAUACGGUGAUCUGCACUCUUUUCACUAAGCUCAAGUUGACAUCGGAAAGAAUUUUUGAGAUAUUUAUUGAAAUGUGCAGUAUUUUGGAAACAAUGGGGCUUUUGUUGAUCAAGGAGGAUGGCGUUUUUAAAAUUAAACGAGUGAAAGGAUUGAAGUCGAAAAAGAGUACUGCGAAUUUAGAGGAUGAUGUGUCGUUGAUAUCUGUCGCAGACAUGCCAACUUCAAAAGUUAUCGAGGAUUUUGAAACUUCAUUGAAAUGGUCGGAAGAGAUUUCUUUAUCUCCAUAUCUACCACCCGAUAGCUCUUCUGAUGACAAUGAAAUUGCAAACGUCGACAAGUACAACGAAGAAUCGAAAAAGCUUAUAACUCAAUUCAACAACGUGUUUGGUGGUGAGAAAUCCCACUUUGAUGCAUUCCUCAGCAUCAUCAGCUUCAAAGAAAAUAUUCAAUUAGCGAAUGAGAAUUCCAAUAGUACUAGAUUUUUCCUCAAUGCUAUAUCGAAGCGAUUCAAAGAUGUUGAAGGGUUUGCUAAACGUCUAACAAAAGAUAAUAAGUUGAAAGAUCAAGAAAUACGGAGAUUUGUUUCGCGAAGCAAGCACAAGAUAUCGAUCAAUUCGUUUCAGGAAGAUGAUUUGUUGUUGUUUCUUCCAACAAAGGUGGACAAUGUCUUGAGAAAUCAAAACGAGAGUACUCAACCAUGGGCGGCAUUCAAUGUUGGUGCACCGCAUUAUUUCUUGGAAACACUGAACUUGAACUUGAACGGUAAGGAAUGGCUUAUAGGAAGAGUGCGACUGAUUAAGGAAAAUAAAGUUCUGCCGGAACGUGCAAACUCGUCGGAACAUAAUCCAUUCCAGUUAAGCGCAGGAGUUACAUGGUACAUGGUGCAAGUGGUUGAAGAUAAAUGA